AUGAACGCCGAUCUCGUGGACCUCGUCUUCCUAACCUGCUCGCAACCUCCAGCUUCAGCCCCGACCCCCUCCUACUCCCACUCCUCCGCCAUUGACUACGAAAAUCACAUCAUGUCAGACCCCAAGAACGACGCCGCCCCCGAGACAUGUCCCGUCGAUCAUAAGGCCCGUGAAGCCUGGCUGCAGCACGCCCGCGCCGCGAACCCGAGCGAGGCGCAUCCUCACCCGCCGCAUCCCGUCAUCACUCCCGCCGACGUCCCGCCCCCGCAGUCGCAGUCGCAAUCCUGGACGCAGUCCCUGCUGUCUCUGACGCCUUUCUCGACGCCCUCCCCGUCUCCGAACAAUCCCGCGACGCCAUCCUCCGCCUCUUCCGCCGGCGCCGAGGCCUGUCCCGUAGACCACAAGUCCCGCGAAGCAUGGCUCGCCCAAGCCCGCGCCGCAAGCGCCGCAGCGAACCCUCACACCUCCCCCGUGAGAAAGCAAAAUCCCCAUCAAUCCCUUGACCAAGCUUCACCACAGCCCUCACAAUCUUGGACCGAGUCCCUCAAAUCCUACAUUCCGUUCACCUCUUCCUCGAAAACACAGGACGCGCCGAAUCCCUUGCACUCAGUACCCACGAAACCAGGCCUCGACACCGAGCGCGAGGUCUCGACGAUCCCCCGGACGGCGACCUCGGCGUACCCAGGCAACAGCCGGCCCUCGAACCACGAGCAGGAGACGGGCGCGGACGAGGCAACGGGGAACUGGAUCUACCCCUCCCAAAAGAUGUUCUUUGACGCCAUGAAGCGUAAGGGUCACGACACCCGCGCCGCGGACAUGGCGACAGUGGUGCCGAUCCAUAACGCCGUCAACGAGAGGGCGUGGAAGGAGAUCAAGGAAUGGGAGAAGCCGUAUCUCGAGGGUACAGCCUGCGACGGCCCCAAACUCCACUCCUUCCUUGGUCUCAGCACAAACAUGUCCCCCAAGGCGCGCGUCAACACCCUGCUGGGCUACACCCCGCCCUUUGACCGCCACGACUGGAUCGUCGACCGCUGCGGCACGCAGGUCGAGUACGUCAUCGACUUCUACGCCGGCCGCCCAGACGCCCACGGCAAGCCUAGCUUCUACCUUGACGUCCGCCCGAAGCUGAACAGCUGGGAGGGCGUCAAGAUGCGGGCGCUGAGGGGCGUCGGGCUGGCUUGA